CACUUCGUACGCAGAGAGUAGUCUCGCUUUCGCCGCGUAUCGCCGAUACACACCUUUCGGGAGGACCGCAUCUCGCGAAAAGCUGAACGAUGUGACCGGUGUAGUGAGAAUGAGACGUUUUAUUCGGUGAUCGGCAUGAAUGAAGACCUAUAUGGGCUACGGAAACUUCAAUUAAAAAUUGUAUAAAAAUAAUGGAGAACGGUGGAUCGAUUGCUAGAACGAGAACCGAAUAACAUCGAAUACAUGUGACGCGUGCGCAAGGUAUUAAGCAAUCGAAAGUAAAAUGUCAAAUGGUUAAAUGCCCGUUCUGAGAAUGCAGAGAAUAAAUAAUGUUGAGCAGAUGUAAGUUCAAACAGUAAGACAAAUUUCUUUUCAUAAGCAGGAAGAUUCAAAAAAUGCUUUAAUCUUCUAAAUCAAUUAUACUUGUAUCAAGACUUGUAAUAAGACUUGUAUCAAGAAAUAUCGAUGAAUAAUACAAAGUAAAAUUACAUAUCUUGUUUAAGAAAAGAGAAAAAAUCUUGAACAAAAAGUUAUACUUAGAAUCAAGACACGUAUCGGUGAAUCGAAAGAGAUCGAAGUGAAAUUCAACGGACGAUAUCGCGGCGGAGGCGAGACGACGAUGUGUGCGAAUGUUGAAGGUGCAAAGUUGCAAUUUCCAUCGUGUGGAUGCCAAAUUUCGAGCUGAUGUUCAUUUGUCUACGUCGCCGGUAAAACGAUUUCGUGCGUGUGCGUAAACAGCGCAAUUAGACGUUAAUUCCUGAAGAAGGCGAUAAAACCGACCUUUCUUCGCGCUUUCAUUAACGCAUUUCGAAGACCAUUGGAUUCGCAUGAUUCGUGAACUCGUUGCGACAAUUCUGGACCUUAAAAUCUCAGGAACUUAACAUUUUGAUUACAUACGAUCACUUUUUCUUCUAUAUUUUAAAUUUGCAAAAAAUUAAUAUUCUUAAAUCACCGUCGUAGAGCCAAAUUAAAAAAAAUAAUUUUGCAAAAUCACAUAUUGAAUACAGUCAAAAAUAAUCCAUUAUCUGUUUCUGUAAUCGGUCUUAAAGCCUGCGAUAACAUUUUCAAUUGUAAAAAAUCACGAAGGGUCACUAAUGACCUCAUCGAUUAUCGAAUAAUUAUUUUGGAAGGAGAAAAUGUCCUUCUGUAGAAUCACGGGUAAAAGUCGAGGUCUUCCUAGGCCAAAUUAUUUUCCACUUCUACCGCCUAUAAGUCCAGCGGACGCAAAGCGAUUCUGCCGCAUUACUGGCAAAUCAUACGGCUUGCCGACCCAUCAUUACAUUCCGGUGCUGUUGGGCGCGCACGCUCACGAUAAAUCGAAAUGCAAGAUCACGACGAACUCAGCAGGCCUCGGGCCUCAUCACUAUACCGCUGGUCUGAUCGUCGGCGAGAAGAAGAGGCACGUGGUGCUCAAGGAUUAUCGCUACGUCUUCCCGAUCCUGGAGGGCGAAGGCGAGCAACAGCGUGCUCUACGAGAGCUUCUGAAUGCGAAGCAGACCCCGAUUGAGGAAGUGGAAAAAUUCGUGUACACGGUUGAGGAACGAAGAUGCAGUCUCGUAUUCCCGGCGAAAUUGGAAGCCGCCGUCAGGGAUGGAGACGUCAAGGACGUAAUGCUUUCGAGAGAUUGCGAUACCGUUUUGUUACGGCUGAAGCAGGGCAAAAACGUGUCCGUGGAUUUUAAGAACCUAGAGAAUUUCGAGAAUCUUUAUGACGGUAUGGGACCGCGAGAAGAGGUACUGAGGGAACGGGAAAAAUUAGAGGCCGAGACUAGAAAACGAAAGAGAAAGAAGCAGACCGUAUUGAAUUACGCAAAAAAGUUCUUCGAGGAGAAGGAGAGAGUAGCCGAUGAGGAAGAGUUCCAACGUACCAAGCAACUUAAACUAAGAAGUAUCAAAGAAGAGAUCAAGGAGGAAAUAGUGGAAAAUUGGAGGCAUGUAAAUGUGGAACAAGCGAGAUUGAUAUCUUCCGACGUUGUGAAUAUGUCGAAUAUUCUCAAAGAUUCAUCAAAGCCGAUAUCCAACAUAUUAGACUGGAAUUCAUUGCAAAACAAUGCGAAAAAAUCAGCUGGUGUACCAAUGAUUGAAAAAAUACCGACACCCGUAAUGGCUGAGCCCCAAAUCAUAGAUCAAGAACCAACGUUAUACGCCAGUCCCAUACCUGAGUCUGUAGGUGGUUUCGAAGCAAUAGCGAUCGCAAAGCCGUUGACGCCUUUAAUCGUAAAGCCGGACGUUACGUUGCAAAGCGCAAUUCGAAGUAUCCCGCUGGAUAAUCUUGAAGGAAGCGCGAACGUGACAGAAAAGCUUCUGCAAGCUGGAGAACAAGCGCUAGAAUGUUUGCCUAAGAUGGAGGAAGUAUCCGAACUAGUACGAAAUCUGCCUACCGGUAAGAAGAUCACGAUGCAUAAUAUUAAAGGUUUGAAGCUGGACAUAAAAUCGGCAGAGAGAUUUGUCGCUGGUCAAACGGUGUAUACACCUUCAGGCACUAUUUUCGUGCCAGGUCAAACCUUGCAGACGCCUCAAGGUCUCACCUUUGUUCCUGGAUUAACUCUUAAUACGUCUGACGGUCCUAUGUUAGUUCCUGGACAGAUUGUUACUGUGAACGAGUCGGAUGGAGCAAAAACACCGGUGUUUGUCGCUGGGCAAACUUUAACGACGGAGCGAGGUGAACAUUUCGUGCAAGGCCAGACACUUCAUAUAAAUGAAGGGAGCAAAUUUGUUGAGGGUCAGACCGUUCUGACUGAGGAAGGACCAAAAUUCGUAGCGGGUCAAGUGGUAGCAGAUGGUACCUUCAUCGCGGGUCAGACCGUGGUUACCCCGCACGGACUACGUUUUAUGGCGGGCCAGACUGUUACGAAUUAUCACGGUGAGCCAGUCUUUGUGCCGGGACAAAAUGUGCAGAUCAACGGCAAGCACGAAUUUGUACCGGGUCAAUGCGUCGAAUCACCAAACGGCGAAUCUAAAUUCGUUCCUGGACAGACAUUGCUUACAGCCGAAGGUCCGCAGUUUGUUCCGGGUCAAUACGUAACUACAAAGUCGAAUGAGAUGCACUUCGUCCCUGGCAUUGCCAAAGAAACGCAAGAUAUCAUGUCAUUUAUGCCAGGAAUGACGCUAGACACUCCGAAAGGUCAGAAAUUUAUCGAAGGCCAAGUGCUAAAAACUCCGGAAGGUAUAGUAUUCUGUCCAGGACAAACCAUCAUUACCGAGAAGGGCUUCGAAUUCAUCGCAGCAAGUAAGUUCGACGAAGUAAUCUUUCAAAACGCCGGUCCCGUCGGUAUAUCCGUAGAUCCGAAGACUGCAAGUGUGGUAUCUCUUCAGCAGCGCGAAGUCUUUGGCCACAUGGUGCAAACAGAGAAGGGUAUCGAGUUUUUCCCGGAGAACGCAAGAAAUCUGCCAGAGGGUAGAAGAAUCGUGCCCGGGCAAUUAGUCACCGGUGACAAAGAUGGGCCGCGUUUCGUACCGGGUGUCAUGACUGAGGAUGGCUUUUUACCAGGUCAGAUAGUCACGACGGAGAAAGGAGAGGAAUUUGUGCCUGGUCAAGUAAUUGAUACUAGCAGCGGACCGAAAUUUGUGCCCGGCCAGAUAGUGGAGACCCGAACUGGACCCAAGUUCGUACCUGGUCAAACGAUAGAUACACCGGAAGGACCACGUUUCGUACCCGGUCAAAUCGUUGAUACUAAAGUAGGGCCAACGUUCAUCCCCGGUCAAGUGAUCUAUACCGAAGAAGAAGGAUCUAGAUUCGUGCCAGGACAAGUGGUGGACACGCCGGAUGGACCCAGGUUUGUACCGGGUCGCGUAGUGGAGACUGGCGAAAUGGGUGUGACAUUUGUACCGGGUCAAAUUGUGCAAACGGAAGAGGGACCUUGUUUCGUCGCUCCUGAUCUUAUUGAUACGCCUGAGGGUGAGCUAGAGUUCUCUGUGCAGGGUUUCGAGGUUACUCCCGAGGAGCUACGACUGUUGCGGCCGCAGCAUCUGCAUUACAACCCUCGUUUUCGUCAUCGCGGCGAAACCAGCAUAGACGCUAAGAUGUUGCAUGAACUAUCUGAGGCGGGAUUAUCUGUGGGGCGAAAAGUUGCAACAAAUUUACCGACAGUGGAUGUGGACGUGGAUCCAAAGGCGGUAGCCUUAGAACAGGCCCUCGCCGUGACGACGACAAAGUUGGGUCUGCAAGGUAGUACAGCAGUGAAGCUGGCACAAGUUAUGUCGACGAUUACGCAAUUAGCGAAAAAUAUUGUUUUGCAGCAGCAACAACAGCAACAGAAUUCAGACACUGCAAAUGCAAUAACGUUAACAAAUGGUAAUCGAUCGCCUAUUGAAACUGAAGAAAUAAAAACAAACAAUAACAACAACGUCGAAUCGCUUCAAAAUAUAGUAAGAACGGCGAUCGCAGCAGCUGCCCUGUUGAUAUUGGAUGAUCAACAAGUAACAUCAGAUAACAGCAACUCUCAAGAUUUCGUCUACUCCUCCAUCAGUGAAUCGUUUAAUAUGCUAUUACAUCAGAACGAUCGAGAUGUUGAUAAAUCGGUGAACGAGAUCCUAAAAAUUCUUUUAAUUCCGCAAAAUCGCAGUUCUCUUUGCCAAAGUGUAUUGCUAGAAUUGUUAGAUAACAAGAACAAUAAAGUAAACAUACUCAAAUCGACGGUGAGUCCUAGCCAACCGUUGCAAAGGGAUGUCGUACUCGACAAGUUAUCGAUGGUUCUCGAGGAAGAACACGGCACCGACUUGAUCGGAUCAGCUUUUCGAACUGUCUCGAAGAAUAAUCCCGAGUUAGUGACGCUCGUUUUGGAGAACGUAUCGCGGCACGUGGCGGACGUGGCGACUGAGAAAGAAGCUGCGGAAACGGUUUACAAGGCAAUCGUCCAAGCGGUUCGAGAAUCAAGCGAGAUUCACGUAAAGGAAUUACUGAACGCUGAAGGACCGGAUGUUCGCGAGAUGUUGCUUCAAGCAGUGGGUUUGGCGCGAGCUCUAGGGAUGUCUGACACGGCGAACAGCCUGUUAUCGGUGAUCAGUGACAAAAGGUCUACUCGGGCAUUGGCGAACGACCGGGUAACAAUGGAUGUACUGAGAAGACUGGCAAUCAUGAGGAAACUCGCAGAAGAACGACCACCUUUCAUGAAUGCUCUCGGACAGCUAUGCAGUGAUCCUGAAUUAGCUAGAACGGAUCCGCGAUUAAGAACUCUCGUGAGAGAAAGCGCCGCGCUGAUGAUAGUACCCGAAGAGACUCCAUUGCUGUCCUCAGCUGACGUUCCAACUUCCUUGCUGUGUGCCGAUAACAGCCUGGCAAUGGAAGAGUUCCUACUGAAAAGAAGCCACAAACGAUCGGCCAUCUUUAUGAUUUUGAAACAGGGUAUGCAAGCGGUCGUGCCUAGAGAAGCCUCCAGGUCGGUGUUAACGGGAGAAGUCGCCUAUACUGUUCUCGACGAGGAUGGUAUACAUCAUUUCGAACCGUUACACGUGUUUUCGGCGCUCAGACUAAAUCGUCCAGCCACUCAUCGGUUUUCCAUGUACUGUUGUCCGGUAGCAAAAGAAGUGGACAUUGAUGGCGAGAUAAUGACCACUACCUUCACUGGCACAACUUCGAUUGCGAGCAGUCUGGAUAGCUCUGCUAAUGGUAGUUCUAAUAAACAAGAAAGCAAUGGCACAGCAACGCUAUCAAAGUCUGAACAGUCGACCGCUUUUUAUUCGGUUAGCAGAGAGAAUACGCCGAGUCUGAAGAGAUUGAAUGGCGCUAGGCAAUGGAAUAGCUUCGAACGGGGAUCCUCGGAAAAUUAUGUCGUUGUGAAGGAUUACGUAGCGGACACCGAUGGAUUCGCCGUGAACAUCGGCGACAUCGUCGAGGCCAUCGAGCACGACGGUUCGGCAAAGAAAGCGAGGAUGGACCCCGAUCUGGAGGUCGAAGUUGGCGAUAUCUUGGACAAUUCGGCCGCCAAACAUAAGCUUUCGAUUCGACCACGUCGAAAUCACGCAGAUCCACGAGCUCGAAGAAGUCCGAGCAGCGUCGACUCAGACUCGAGCCUUCAAAGGAUAUACGUUCGUACAGCUGAUGGAAAACAGGGAUGGUUACCUUCGUCCAUUUUAAUGCAAACGGCACUUAGCGAAGAGACUUCAUCAAUGAGUCGACCAGAAGAUUCUCAUUAUCGACGAGAAGCUGUCGUGAAAGAGUUAAUCGAAACGGAGGAAGAAUUUGGUAGAGAUAUUCAGCUUGUCGUCGAACGUUAUCUGAAGCCUCUCGACAAUCCUGGUGUUCCGCGGGCCGUACGAGACAAUAAAGAAGUUAUAUUCACUAAUUUGAAGCAAAUUGCUGAUUUUCACAACACAUCGUUCGGCAGGGUGUUGAUCGAGGGCGUCAAGUAUUAUGCGGAUCAACCACGUAUGCUUGGCAGAACGUUCUUGAGACUGGAGAGAGACUUUGACAAGCACGUGGCGUAUUGUAGAGACGAGCCUGCUGCCCAGGAACUUCUUCAGACAAACGACGAAGUACGCGAAUAUUUUGAGGAGUUGAGCCAGACUCUGGGUGACGACAAGAGCAUAUCAGAACAUUUGAAGCUUCCGAUACAACGUAUAAACGACUACCAGCUCCUGCUAAAGGAGCUGGUGAAGUAUUCGACCCGAUUAGGCGAAAACUGCGACGACUUACAAAAGGCGCUAGAGUUGAUGCUAGGAAUUCCCCAUAGGGCGACCGAUAAUAAAUUCAUAAGUAAUAUCGAAGGGUACAAAGGAAACAUUCACAAACUUGGUAGAUUACUCACUCAUGAAUGGUACACGGUUAUAGACAAGGAAGGAAAAAGCAAAGAAAGAUACUUGUUUCUGUUCAAAGCACGAAUUCUCAUUUGUAAAGUUAGACGGAUAUCGGAGGAUAGAUCAGUUUUCAUUUUAAAAGACAUUAUUCGAUUACCAGAAGUAGAAGUGAAGGAUCAUCUCGACAAUAUACGAUCCUUUGAACUACAUAAUCCAGCUGCAUCCAAUUACCCCAUCACUUUAGUAGCUCACAAAGAUCCUGUGAAAGCUUGUUGGCUCAAGGAAAUCCGUCAGUACGCCAGUGAUUUGGUUGCUCUCGCCGAGCAUGCAGCGGACGAUCUUCAAGUAACCGAAGAAGUACCAGAAGGCAAGGAAGAGCUCAAGAGUGACGAAAAGUCGGCACCGGUGAAAAUCGAACCACCACAAGCGAAUCUAGAAUUGCCUAAAGUUCAAAGUAACUCUACAAAAGAAGAAGCAAAGGCGAAUUCAGGUUUAUCAAAACCAGAUACGAUUAAAGACUCUACGAAAGUUGCGGAGAAGAGGAAGGAUUCCGCAGGUACGAUCGACACAUCGGAAGUAAAGAAGACUAAGAUUGAAGAAGCGCAAGCAGACAUGUCCCGAAGAUAUUCAGCGAGUCGAUACAGCGCUUCUUCGAAAGUCGUAGAAGAGUCGUAUUCAUCGAUAUCGAGCAGUCGUAAUGGCGUGUCCUCGUACAUGGAAUCGGCGGCGGCGUCCGCCAUUGAGACGAGAAUGUCUUCUGCGUCGCAAGGGAUGGGUCGGAUGUCCACGGAAACCACAACUUCUUACGAGACUGCGAUCGCCGGUGGUAUGGCCAUGGAUUCAAACGUCGAAAACAGAACUACCAAAAUCGCCAUUGACACCGAUGUUAGCAAACCCGUGUUUAUCAAGACGAUAGAAGGAUCCAGUGUAGAACCGAAGCGACCAAAAAAGGCAUUGAUACACGCCAUAGCCGGAGAAGUUGCCACUUUCGAGUGCACGAUGUUAACCAGCGACCCGACCACCAGGUUGCAAUGGUUAAAGGAUAACAAACCGAUGGAAGACAAGUUGGCUGAUCGCGUCACUACCACAUUAAGCGACAACAUAUGCAAGCUCGAGAUCCAGAAUGUUCAUGAAUCAGAUGCUGGCAUAUACAUUGCACGUGCUCUGAAUGUAAAUGGCGAAGCGACGUGCACUGCUCAACUGAUUGUUCAAAAAUUGAGUCCAGAAGAGAAGAAAGCGAGAGCAGAAGCAAAUGCUCCAAUAUUUUUGGUGCGCUUGAAGGAUACCGAACUUCUCGAAAAUACCUAUCUACGUUUUAUGAUUAAAGUCAAAGGAGAGCCUAAUCCGGAAAUAAAGUUCUUCAAAGACAGCAUCUUGAUUGACGCGAAGCACGAACGCGUGAAAAUUAUUCGAGACAACGCCGAGAAGGGAUUUUACGAAUUAGUAAUCGCUGACGUUCAGAAGCAAGACGCUGGAAAAUAUUCGUGCACAGCUAUGAAUCGUUACGGCGAAGCUACGUGCGAGGCGAUGGUGACGGUGACAGAUGAGAAGCCACUUUUCCAGGGGCUUCCCGAAGGACUUCUCGAGCUUGGAACCGAGCCGCGUUUCAUUUGGACUCGCGACGGACAGACGUUCGAUCCUGAGGAGAGAUUUAAGGUUCUCUUCAAGGAUAAUGAGGAUACUUUGGCACUGGUGUUCCAGCAUGUGAAACCCGAAGACGCCGGUCUUUACACGUGCGUAGCGCAGACCAGCACAGGUAACAUUAGCUGCAGCGCGGAGUUGACAGUGCAAGGCGCCGUGAAUCAAUUGUUGAAGGAUCCGGAAAAGCCGAAACUUCAAACGGAAUCGAAGCAAACUGAGGUGAGCGCUGGUGGUUCCGCAAUGUUAGAUCUGCAAGUGAAGGGUUAUCCCAAGCCAGACAUCAAAUGGACCAAGGAUGGUCAGGAGAUCAUAGCUGGUGGGAGAAUCAAGUACCUCUGGGAAGAUGAAGAAUCUUUGUCGUUGGUAAUUAAACAGGUUACCGCUAAAGACGCCGGCGUUUACACUAUCAAGGCAAAGAAUGAACUCGGAGAAGACAGUACGCAGAUCGAGCUAAUCGUCAAGUCUGCGCCAAAGAUCACGAAGAAGCAAUCUGAUAUGAUGAUUCUCAUCGAGGAGACAGGCACGAUGACCGUGCAAGUGGAGGCUACCCCGGCGCCAGAAGUGAACUGGUACAAAGAUAGUCAGCUGAUUGAAGAGAGCGAUCGUAUCAAGAUCAUCAAGGAAAAUAGCGACACAUAUAAGCUUGUGAUCAAGAAUACCAAAGUGACUGAUGCUGGUUCAUAUUCAAUUGUCGCGAAAAAUGACGUCAAUCAAACGACUGAUAUUUGGAAAGUCGGUAUCAAAUGUCCGCCGAAGAUCAAAAAACGACUAGGCGAACCACGAGUAAUCAACGAAGGUGAUACAUUGAAUCUCUUGAUCGAAGUAGAAUCUAAUGAAGAACCGACAAUCAACUGGUACAAAGACGAACAACUUUUGGCCGCGAGCGAUCGUGUGAAGAUGACGAAAAACGGAAAUAAUCAUAUACUUACAGUUAGCGGUGCAACGGUAGAAGAUGCGGCGCUUUACAAGGCUGAGGUGGUGAACAAACAUGGAACGAUUUCGGACGAAACGAGAGUCAGGGUUCGCGGUAUACCGAGAUUCAAGACAAAACUGUGCGACAUCAGUGCAAACGAGGGCGAAUUGAAUGUCGAAUUCGUGGUCGAGGUCGAGGGCUUCCCGAAACCGAGUGUGCAUUGGUUUCUGGGCGACGUUGAAAUUACAGAGAAGCGCACAGAAUACACUCGCGUGGAAGAAGGCGACAAUUACAAGCUUGUUAUCAAGGAGGUGAAGACCGAGCUCAAAGGCCAUUACACUUGCAAAGUGCAGAACGAAUAUGGCGAGAACUCGAGCAGUUCCGACUUGACAGUGAACACUCGACCGAAGAUUUUGAAGAAAUUGGCGGAUCAGAGAUUGAAAGAGGGUGAAACGCUAAAGUUAACGUUUGAAGUGUCUGGCACGCCGGAUCCGGAAGUCAAGUGGUACAAGGACGGCGACGAGGUAUCAGCAGACGCCAGGAUCAAAAUCACCAGGGACAGUCAACGCAACGAGAGCUACGAUUUAACAGUGACGUUGCUGAAGGGUAGUGACGGCGGUUUGUACGAGGUGCGGGCAGAAAACGAGCUGGGUUAUGUUUCCAGCAAAAGCAAAGUCAUCGUAAUGACUGAGACGGAAGAUGAGAGGGUCGAAAAGGUAGAGCUUCCAAAAAUGAAAGCCGAGGAGGUGAAAGUGGAAGAAACGCAGACGAAGAAAAUGGUGGAGAAACAAUUGUCGCAGGAAGAGACUCUGCGCGCUGAAGAGUCGGGAUCAGAAGGUCGCGUCAAACUGGAGAAACAAAACAUCCAAGUAAUUCAAGGGGACAAUGAAACAAUCACGAUUUCUGUGGCCUCUACGACAUCACACGAAGCUAUACUUACAGGUCCUGGCGAAAGUCAUACAAUCAGCAAGAUGACAGCAACCAAGAUCGAGUGUCGGGAAUUUGGUGUUGAAUCGGGACCCCACGUUGAGGAAGUUGCUUCUUACGCUUACACCGUGCAAGAAGAGAAGCCUCAGAAGGGCGUGCUAAUCGAGGAAUUUUCAGAAACUGAGGAGAAGAAAUCAAAUUUGGGUGUCAAUCGAGGCGUCACGAUUGUUUCCGUUUCCGAUGAUGAAUCGACUUUGAAGGCACUAUCGCGAGACGUCAGCUCAGAAGACGUACAGUUGACCGAACAACUACCAGAGGAUCAGAAAACGACCAACGGCAUUCUCGAUGAGCUCUCCUUCAAUGAGACGCCAGAAAAGGAGAAAACUUUGGAAGAUAUUAAGUUCCAUAGAAUCUCCAGGAUAACAGAGACCAUUGCCGAGGAGAAAUCUUUGGAAGAACCAUUAACGGCGACAUUAUCGAAUCAAACUUUGCAACGAGAAAGUUUGGAUGUAAAGACAAUAAACUUGCCCAGUCAAAGCUCUACAAUUAACGACACAAGUCCCGUGAAAAAGAUCGCGGAGAAAACUCUUGAUCGACCAAGCUCAGCUAUCGAAUUAUCGAAAGAAACUGCGAAGCUCGAGAAGACGGAUACUUCGACAUUGUCAAGCGAAACAUUAUCGAGACAGAGUUCUCAGAAGGCACAGCUCGAUGAUAACGACAACGAGGAAAUCGAUGACGAGAUGAGGGAUCUUUUAGCUCGUGUUAAACGACAACGUAGUGUAUUAGACGAAAUCCUCGAUAAAGAAUCGGGCAGAGAAUCAGCUCCGCCUCACGUUGUGAGCACAGAUCUCACCGAUAGAACAAUCUUCGAAACACAGACCACAAAGUUCGACGUAACGGCCACUGGUUUACCGAGACCAGAUGUAAAGUGGCUCAAAGACGGUAAGGUUCUUCGAUCCGGCGAACGAGUGAGGAUCACAACUUCAGGAGAAUCAUACGAGAUGGAACUCAGUAAGGCUACCCUCGAGGACGAGGGUCUCUACAUGUGCGUCCUGACAAAUAAAUUGGGAGAGGAAAUCGUAGAAGGCUAUUUAACUGUCGGAACCGUCGACGAACUCCGAAAACCGAGAUUUACCGAACCUCUCAACGACGUCGACGUCGCCCUCGGGACUGACGGCGAAUUAAAAGCUGUCUUCACAGCUGAUCCGGUCCCGGAUAUUAGAUGGUAUUACAAAGGCCACGAAAUUCCGUCUGAUGAUUCUAGAAUUAAGGGGACUAUUAGUAAUGGACCGGCAGCGGAUAAAUUAACAGAAAGUAAAGUUACAUUAAAAAUACCAAAGUGCACCAAAGAAGAUACUGGAGAAUAUACUUUAAAAUUGUUGAAUAAGUGGGGUGAAGCCGAGAGUAGCGCAUUCUUAAGUCUUCUAUUGAAACCGGAAAUUGACAGCUUUAGAGACCAUUCCGAAUCGGUUGACGAGCGAGUUGAAUGGCAAGCUAUUAUUAAAGGAAAUCCGAAACCUGAAAUUAAAUGGAUGAAGGACGGCACAGAAUUGCAAAAGGACGAACGGUAUGACAUGGAAGAAGAUAAGAGAAAUUGCAAAUACAAACUCAUCAUUAAAAAGCUCAGUUUAGAAGAUGAAGGCAACUACACCGUUGUAGCAAAGAAUUAUUUGGGUGAAGCAAGUGCUCAAGCUACUCUCACGCCUCACACUGAAGCUCCAACUUUCCUGAAAGAAUUGUCAAAGAUGCAAUGCAGCGAUCGCGAGGACGUCGAAUUGAAGAUUCGCACGACUGGUAUUCCGAGAUCGAGCGUAGAAUGGUUAAAGAACGGUGAGGUCAUCAAGGAAGACGAAAGAUAUCAGGUGAUGACUCACAUGGACAACAUAGUGGACAGUAGUCUCUCCAUCAAAACCUUCUCUGCGAAAGAUGUCGGCAUAAUAACUUGUAAAGCGAGCAAUGUUGCUGGAAGCGCGGAAACCAGCUGCGAUCUAUCCAUGACGUUAACCGCGCCUUCUUUCGGUAAAGCGUUACCAAGAUCGGAGGAUGUUGAUGAGGGCGAGCCUUUGGAAUUGAAGGCUAAAGUGGAUGGCAGCCCAAUACCCAGCAUCGCCUGGUUCAAGGAUGGCGAGAAGAUCACGCCGGAUGAUCAUGUGAAAAUCAGUACUUUGCCAGACGGUACUACAAAGCUCACAAUCGAUAAGGUGAAACCUACCGAUUGUGGCGCCUAUAAGCUUGUAGUUACGAACCCCAGCGGCGAAAAUUCUUCGCUCUGCGCCGUCGCUGUCACGCCCGAACGAAGGAGACCGUCGUUCACGAAGCCAUUGAAAGAUACAAAGGCUGUGGUUGGGCAACCGUUGAAACUAGAAGCUCAAAUUUUAGCGUUUCCGAAUCCUCAAGUGCAGUGGUUCAAAGAUGGAAUACCGUUGAGACAUACGAAGGAAAUGUAUUUCAUGAACGAACCAAAUGGUCUUAUUGGAUUGAAGAUGGAUUACGUGCGCCCGGAGGACGCAGGGAACUAUUCAGUGAUUGUAUCCAACGCGCUUGGUGAGAUCACGGGUACAGCUAAGGUAGAAGUGGAAGAAAGAGAGAAAAGACCAGAAUUUGUCACAAGUCUUCAACCACAAACUGUCGUCGAGGGUUUCCCGGUGAAGAUGGAAGUGAAAAUUAUGGGAAAACCAACACCUGAACUCAAAUGGCUGCGAAAUGAUGAAGAAAUUGUUCCAGACAAUAAGCAUGUGAAGAUCGUUAGUCAACCAGAUGGUAGUCAAGCUUUGAUUCUUGACAAGGCAACGCCAGAAGAUAUCGGUGAGUACCAAGUAGUGGCUGGCAAUACAGAAGGCACUGCAUCGUGCAAAGCCAAGCUAGACGUUGCUGACAAGGUGAGACCAGACACACCAGAAGAAAAGCCAACAUUCAUUAGCCCCAUGCGCAGCGUAUCUGUCGAAGAAGGCCAACCAUUGACUUUAGAUGUGUCAUUCGUUGGCAAUCCAAUUCCCAACGUGAGUUGGACGAAAGAUGGUGAGCCGAUCGAACCGUCGGAACAUGUUACAAUGAGUUGCGAUGGGAAGAAGGUCGGUCUGCAAAUCGAUUCGUGCAAGCCUAAAGACGCGGGCGUCUAUGGCUGCCAACUGAGCAAUCCACUGGGCGAAGACACUACCAGCGCAAACGCUAUCGUCCGCAAGGUCUAUCAAUCGCCGACCUUCACGCAGAAGUUUACGGAUCUACAGCAGCUACCUACGUACGAUGCCAAGUUUCCAGUUCGCGUCACUGGUAUCCCACAACCAGAGAUCACCUGGUACUUUAAUGAUAAACCGAUUCUAAAAGACAGCGACAAGUACAAGAUAAAGCACGACGGUGACGCUUACUGUUUGUAUGUGAAAGACUGUGCAUAUGAUGAUUCGGGGCGGUACAGAUGUAAGGCAGUUAACAAAGGCGGUGAAGCGGAAUGCGCGGCGAAUCUGGCUGUAGUAGAUAAAAUCCAAAAAAUGCAAAAAGUCGAGCCGCCAACGUUCCUCAAGAGGAUCGGCGAUUGCGAGAUCUACAGAGGUAUGCCAGCCAAGUUCACAGCGUGCGUCACGGGAAAUCCAGAGCCCGAUUUCGAAUGGUAUCGCAAUGGUGAUCGACUUUGGCCCACUGAUCGCAUCAAGAUGGAUCAGGAGGGUAGUUUGUUAAGGCUCACGAUAUUUAACGUAGACGAAUUGGAUGCUGGAAAAUACGAAUUGAAAAUAUCCAAUCCUCACGGUGAGGAUUCGUGCUGCGCCGAGAUGGUUUACGAAUCUUUGGAGCCACGCGCAAAGAAACCUCUCGCGGAUCAGUACACGGAUUAUGGUAAAUAUCAGAAAUCCGGUAUUCCGCUACCCUUGGCAGAUCGUCCGAUUAUCAGCCGUAUGAUGGAUCGACAUCUUACCCUUUCAUGGAAGCCGUCCAUCCCGAUCGGACCGCGAGUGCCCGUGACCUAUUUGGUGGAGAUGUGCGAGCUUCCGGACGGCGACUGGUUCACUGCUCGCAGUGGUAUUCGUAGUUGCGUCUGCGACAUUCGCAAUCUCGAGCCGUUCCGCGAUUAUAAGUUCCGCAUCCGUGUGGAAAACAAGUAUGGAAUAAGCGACCCGUCACCGUUCGCGCAAACAUAUCGAGCCAAACUAGAGCCGGAACCGCCCAAAUUCUUCCCGUACCUACCGCCUGGUAUUGACUUCCGUCCCGAAACCAGUCCCUACUUCCCAAAAGACUUUGACAUUGAGCGACCGCACGAUGGUUAUGCUCAGGCGCCUAGAUUCUUGCGUCAAGAACACGACACUCAAUAUGGCGUGAAGAACCACAAUUGUAAUCUCUUCUGGUUCGUCUAUGGCUAUCCCAAGCCGAAAAUGACGUACUACUUCAACGAUCAACUGAUUGAGUCUGGCGGUCGAUACGACCAAAGCUAUACUAGAAACGGCCAGGCAACUUUAUUCAUCAACAGGAUGCUCGAGAGAGACGAAGGUGUUUACGAGGCUGUCGCUAGAAACGAACACGGCGAAGCCAGGCAGAAAGUUAUCUUAAAGAUUGCUGAGUAUCCCACGUUUAUCGAAAGACCCGAGGAGACUAUCGUGAUGAUGAGAAGAACCGGCCAAUUGACCGCUCGUGUAACUGGAGUACCUUAUCCAGAACUUAAGUGGUACAAGGAUUGGAAACCUAUAGCUUCAUCUUCCAGAAUCAGGAUUCAAUUCACUGAACCCGACAUUACAACCCUUAUUGUCAACGACGCUAUUAUGAAGGACGAAGGUCUUUACUCGAUCAGUGCUGGUAACGUGGCCGGUUCAGUAUCUUGCUCGGUGAUGCUACACGUAGAGGAGAACGAGCACGAAUAUGGAUACAGAACAUACAAAAAGAAAAUGGAUGUAAAACCACGCGACAAACCGUUUGACGACCUGUACGAUCUGGGUGACGAGCUGGGUCGCGGCACUCAGGGUGUAACUUAUCAUGCGGUCGAGCGAAGCACCGGACGAAAUUACGCUUCUAAGAUUAUGCACGGACGCGGUGACCUCAAACCGUUCAUGUAUAAUGAGAUGGAAGCGAUGAACAAUCUGCAUCACCGCAAAUUAUUACGAUUGCACGAUGCUUUCGAGACGAACGAUUCGGUCACGCUGGUCAUGGAGUUAGCGGCCGGUGGCGAACUAGUGGACAAUCUUACGAGACAAGAACAUUAUACUGAAAUAGAUAUCGCUCGUUAUAUACGCCAAUUGUUAUGGGGAUUGGAAUAUAUGCACGAUAAUUAUUACGCACAUCUCGGUCUGACGCUCGGCGAUCUGCUAAUCUCACACGCAGGAGGAGAUGACCUGAAGAUCGGAGAUUUCGGACUCACUCGCAGAAUUUCAUCAGCAAGGUUGAUGACUUUGUUGUAUGGUAUGCCAGAAUAUGUCGCACCAGAAGUGACUAAUAACGAGGGUGUCAGCUACGCCGCAGAUAUGUGGUCUGUUGGUAUAAUUACCUACAUUUUGCUAUCCGGUAUUUCACCGUUCAGAGGUGCGAACGAUAGAGAAACGCUGAAGAAGAUUAGAGAAGGCAAAUGGGACUUUGAUGAUCGAUGGAAAAAUAUUUCGAACGAAGCACAGGACUUUAUUCGUAACCUAUUGGUGUAUAACGUCGACAAAAGGAUGGAUGUUAGAGCUGCUUUAGCUCAUCCAUGGUUCAAUUAUAUUGACAAUUUGCCAUCAGAACCUUACAGAAUACCUUCCGAAAACUUGAAGAACUAUUAUAAACUUUAUCGCGAUUGGUACAGCAAUGCUUCGUGCCGCACGUGGUAUCGCAGAAGCAAACUGGAAACAGCGUUUGAUGAUCCAUCGCGAAUGGUGUAUCCACCUGGACACAAAUUCACACCCGAACCAGACAGGAGUCAUAGCUCAUUGAAAAAACGUUCACCCAGGACAUGGGAAAAUCAAAUACCAUCUAGAGAACCAAUUGACACAGAAAUUGGAAUAAUCACGAGUGAAAGCCAUUAUCAAAACGGUCCAGACACAUAUCUUCUUCAACUGCGGGAUACUGAUUUCCCUGUACGACUACGCGAAUACAUGAAAGUCGCCUGUGAUCGUAGUCCCGGAUUCUCGCGUUCUAUUACUGAAGACAACAGUUUUGACUGGAGAACACCUAUCAUUCGGGAACGUCGUCGAUUUACGGAUGUUAUGGACGAGGAAAUCGAUGAUGAGAGGAGGGCUCGCAUCAACCGAUACGGAUCGGCAGACACGUUUACUCUUAGACGUUUGAAGAAUGAACUAGGCACUCGAUUAGACAGUUACGCCGAGGCUGAGGCGAUGAUGGAAUCGAAGAAGGAUGGUCAGCUUCCAUUCUUCCGCGAGAAACCGCAAAUUUGCCCGAUCGAAGAGGGAAAACCGGCGCAUCUCACCUGUCUGGCGGUGGGAAACCCGAAGCCACUGAUACAAUGGUUCAAAAACGAAACGGUCAUACAAGAGAAUAAUAGGAUCAAAGUGACAGAGGAUUCUGACGGGAGAUCUAUACUCAGUUUUAACCCUACAAAGGAGCACGAUAUCGGAAUAUACAAAGUGGUGGCGAGAAACCCGAUAGGACAAACGAUUGUUAGAACCAGGAUGUUGCAAGCAACGGUUUCUUGCGGUCCGGAUUCCCCAGAGGCUUCCGAUGUUUCUGACACCGAAGUCCUCCUGCGAUGGAAACAGCCAAAGUAUGAUGGCAAUUCACCCGUAUUGUGCUACAAUCUACAAUACAAGGAGGGUGAUUCGAUCGCCUGGAUAGACGUCGCGUCUAAUAUUGAUCACGAGUUCUACCUAGUGCGUGACCUAAAACCAGACACGAGUUACAACUUCCGUUUAGCAGCACGCAAUCGCAUAGGUUGGAGCGAGAAAGGCAUCCCGUCGAAGUUAAUCAAAACGCGUCUGCCAGGUUGCCCGAAGGUACAGAUUACGCGAGCGAUGAGGCAUCUUCAGGAGCUGACCGAAAACGGUCAGGAAAUUGUCUUGGAAGAAAAUAAGCAGCACAUUGAUUACUCUAUGGAACAGAAUCCGAUUGAAUGGUUGGUGGAGCCGCAGCUAUCCACCAAGUAUAGCUUCAUCUCGGAAUUGUCGCGCGGACAAUUUUCCGCGGUGGUGAAGGGUGUGGAUAAAAGCACAGAUCGCGUGAUCGUUGCUAAGAUCUUGGAAUUGAAUGCAGAAACGGAGAAACAAGUGAACCAGGAAUACGAAGUAUUACGUUCACUGCGACAUGAACGGAUAGCUAUGCUGGAAGCUGCAUACAAAGUGCCCGGUUCCCCCGUGACGGUAUUCGUGAUGGAAAAGCUUCAAGGCGCCGACAUACUCACGUACUUCUCUAGUCGGCACGAGUAUACGGAGAAUUGCGUAGCGAAUGCCGUUACGCAAAUACUUGAUGGUCUUCAGUAUCUUCAUUGGCGUGGAUACUGUCACCUGGACAUUCAACCAGACAACAUUGUGAUGUCAUCGGUGAGAUCGGUUCAAGUAAAGUUGGUCGACAUGGGUUCUGCUCAUAAAGUUACCAAAUUGGGCACGAUGGUACCCAAGCAUUUGGGCCAUCCCGAAUAUAGAUCACCCGAGCUCUACAACGAUGAACCUGUCUACCCGCAAACGGAUAUCUGGAUGGUCGGUGUAUUGACUUAUGUAUUACUAUCCGGAGUUUCCCCGUUCCGCGGUAAAGAUGCGGACGAGACUAGACAGAAUAUAUCUUUCGUCAGAUACAGAUUCGAGUAUCUUUACAAAGAGCUGAGCCAAGAAGCCACCAGAUUUCUUAUGCUGGUCUUUAAACGCGCGCCAAGCAAAAGACCAAUGGCGGAGGAAUGCCACGAACAUCGAUGGUUACUACCAACCGAUUUUAUGAUUAAAAAACGCGAAAGGGCUAUAUUUCUAGGCAACAGAUUAAAGGAAUAUAAUGAGAAGUAUCAUGAAGAAAAAUCGAAGAUAGCUUCCGACAAUGACAGUCUAGGGAGUGAGAGUUUGUUGGGCUCCAAACAGAAACUCAUCAGGUCAACCAGUAUACAAGAAGAGCUGCGGACCACGUUCUAACAAUGGAGAGCUGCAAUUUUUUAUUUAUAUUUAUGUACACAUAUAUACACACACAUACUCACACACAGACACACGCAUGUACACACAUGCACCCACACAUGCAUGCGCGCAUAUGACUACGAUUUCACAUGUCUAGUCUAUACGAAUAGCGCGUAGAAACGAUGAGAAAUGAGAAAUGCAAGAAAAAUUUUUUGUUGUUUUCUCUUUUGUUAUUAUUUAUUUGUUAUAACUUAUAAUUAUAACAAAAAUCGUCGACUGAUCGGCGAUGUUUCGCCGACUUUUAUUGGCAGCCUAAUUUUCAACCGUCUGUUAAUUCGACAAGUAUAACACUUAUAAAUUGUCUAUACACUUUACUAAAGUUAAAAAGAUGAAUUAGUAAACAUGAAAUAAUAAAUAAAAUGUUUUUGAAGUUUAAUAAAAAAUGUCGAUCAAGCAUUGUACGAAAAUCAUAAAUAAAUACUUGACAAAAUAA